AUGUCGAGCGAACUAACAAACAGCGAUUUCCGCCUCAUCUUUGACAACUACGAAAAGGAAAAGAAGGAAAGGGAAAACAACUUGCUGCUGAAGGAGCAGAAGAAAUUGAAGAGAAAACAAAAAUAUUUAACAAAAAAAAAAAAAAGUGAAGAAAAAGAAGAACAAAAAUAUAGAGACAGAGCAGAAGAAAGGAGAAAAGGAAUCGUAAAAGAUGUUAAGGAUGCAAGUGUGCUAUAUGACAAUGCGAAUAACACAAUUGAUGAGUCGAAAUUCAUGGGAGGAGAUACGGAACAUACCCAUUUGGUUAAAGGGCUUGACUAUUUACUUUUAAACAAAGUAAGAAAUAAAUUAAUUGAUAAGAUAAGCUCAGAGAAGGAAAAAUUAAAAGCAAAUAAAACGAGUGAUGGUCGGAUAUCCAACAAAAUACCAACUUUUUCCAACGAAGAAUCGAGGCACAUUUUUAAAUAUUUUUUUCUGUAUGAACAUCCACAUCAUAUACAUUUUAAAAAGAAAAUAGAGAACAUUUAUGAUAACAUAAUAAAUAAUAUGAAAUUUAAAAAUUACAACAAAAAUAUUUACUCCGUUAAUUAUAAGUACAACAUCAGUAUGGAGGUGGAAAAAAAUGAUGUGCCUAUCAGGUAUAUAUACAAGGUAGAAGACGUUAAGGUGAAUUAUACUUACCAUUUGAAAGCCUCCGUUUUGGACGAAAUAGAUGAACAGAAUUAUGAGCUUGUCCAGGAGGACGACGAUGACAUUGACAUUUUUAAGAACGAUGAGGAUGCGGUUAGCGGUGACGCCAAACGGGCUAACAGCACAGCCACUGCGACGGAUGCUGCGAAUGUUAGGGGCAACCACCUGGGAAGCAGCGCAGAUGAGGAGGAGAUGAAGAAGAAGGACGACGAUGAUGAUAAUGAUAGUUAUAGUGAUAAUGAUGACGAUGACGAUGACGAUGAUGAUGAUGAUGAUGAUGACGAUGAUGGUGACGAUGAUGAUGGUGGCAGAUCAAAUGCCAGUGGUGGGCACACGAAGCAACGCAAUGAGGAAAAACACGAAAAAGACGAAAAUAAAGAGACACAACUGGAUAAGGGCGAUAACAUAAACUUGUUCUAUUCUGGAAAAUUGCCCUAUAAAGGGAAGAGCAAAACUGAAAAUGAGAAUAAUAAGAACAGCCUAACUGGAAACGUUUUUAAGGACACAUAUGAUGAGUGCUAUCCGGGUUAUAGGAAGAGCGGCUUUUUUUAA